AUGGGCUCUCGUUCACCGGUUCCUAGUGGCAGAGAGGAAGAAUGCCCUUGCUUGGUAAAAGUGAGCUAUGGCUAUGAUACAAAACACAAACCAUUUGAUGUCCUUAACAAUAAAACACCUGCGGUGGAGAUUUAUGUUUGGAAGUCGAUGAGCUUGUACGAUGUUUCCGUGCUUAUCGCCGAUCAAACCGUCUUGCAGAAAGAAGACACUCGCCAUGCUGAGUGGAAAUUCAGCUUUCGGAUUGCUUAUUUCGAUUCGGUGCGAAGGAAAUCCGCCUUUCGCGAAAUUGGAUCGGCUUGUUUACAUGACCCGGAUUUACUACAAGGAAAUAGACUAUUGAGGAAUGUUGGAUAUCGAUAUGGUGACAUUCUUGAUGUGUCCAUAAGACCGGACUCGAUACGUCUUAGUUCUGUUCAUUCAAAAUGAGGGGCACAAGUUCGUAAAUUGUGUUUGAAUUGCCCCGUUCAAGGGGAAUGGAAUGAAAACUUGAACUUAAUGCACUAUAAAAUGCUUCCGGAAAGGCGAAAAUGCUGUUACAUAGUUGCAAUCGCAUUUGUGGAAUACAAAAGGUGUACCAAAGAAAGACCAAAACAGGAACGCUACUUUCCUCCUUUCCGUGCUUUAUACCAGUAAGCUUAGUUUUAAGCUGCAUCUCAUCAAUCUUUCUUCUGCGUUUACAAAAGUUUGCUUACAUUCACAGAUCAACAAUUUAGCAAAUUGAUCCUUUUGACAAUGCUUUUGGCCAUUCUCCUAACCGCGUUCUUCCCUUCCAUAAUUCAUUAAUCAAUGAACCGUGGUUCUAUCUUCUGUUUAUAUACACUCAUGUAAUGUCACUGAAAUUGUGACAAUGACAGUGCACCGGUUUUGAUGAAUAGUUUCGACAAAUUGGUUACAUAUACCUCCUCUAAUUGAACUGUUUGCUUGUGUAUUAUAUCACCCUCUUCGUACAGGUUCAUCCCAUUGUCGUUUGGUGCACAACCCCGAUAGAUGUAUUCGCGUAAAAGCGAGAGUUGUCAAUUGUAUCUUCAAAUGGUAAAGUAAUAUAUUCAAUGAACUCUAGUGUCUUAUGGGAUCCUGUAUACUGACCACGUGUCACAAGUUUAGUGAAUUGUUACUG